CAAUCGUGAGUCGUGCGUACCGUUUGUGUCCUCCUUAGGCCUCGCGGCCUCUGCAGAUACCUCAGACGCGGUCGGUCGGUCGGUCGAGGAAGAACCACGCGGCCAGGUGCACACAAGAGGCCGCAGCAUCAGAGACCAGUCAACUCGUUCAACAAUCGCUCGCUCGCUCGUAUUAUCUUACUACUCUCAAUAUAGAUUACCAUUGCAAAUCUCCAAGUGAUUUCCGCUCGUAUAUACAAACAGAGUGUGCACGCGUGCGCGAUAAAUAAAACAGUCAUCACCCUUCAACAUCUUAUAAACAUAUAGAGAAUAUAAAUAUAUAUAUAUAGAGAGGAGGAUUCGUGUCAACUUUCCUUGCGACUUUUGUGUUCUCUUUUCGUGAGUUUAUUCCCUCGUCGCAAUAUCCUUCGUUUAUAUUUCCAGUGCUUGAGUAUAUCGUUGACAAAACGAAGAAAAGCAAGAGAUUUGUCGGGAAAAAGAAGAAGGAACCGAGAGGGAAUUCAGUCGAGUAAAAGGUUCCAAGCAGAUAUAUUGCAGCAAAAGAAGACAGUGGAUUUACGAUGAGUUACUCGCGUUCUCGGAUUCUAACAAUACUACUUCUCCAAGUGUGGUGGAGUCACGUUGUCAUCAUCAGUGCUGAAGCUGGUGCAUCAAGUGCUUCAGCAACAGCAGCAGCACCAACGGUACCAUCAGAACCCUCGGGGGCUUCCGGACCAGACUACACGGGACCAUCAGCCGGCUCAGAUGAAUGUGAUCCAGAGAUGGUUGGCUUUGAACUUGUCACCGGAUACGUUUAUACUGCGCCCACCAGCUUGCUUGAGUCAAUCCCCGGUAUACUUAUGCUCACUGAUUGCUUAGAAACCUGUCAGGCGAAUGACUCUUGCCAAGCGGUCAAUUAUGAAACCGGAUUCUGCAUCCUCUUCAGUUCAAACGCUGACAAUAACCCAGGUGCAUUGACUCAGUCCCAGUUCCCGGUGUUCACCAUCUACGCUCAGAAGAGUUGCCUCGCUGUAAAACCUUGUGAACGAGCUUGGUGCAUCGACAGAGUACAAGGUCAUCGACUACAAGGUCACACUAAAAGAACUACUACUGCGUCGUCACGUCAGCACUGCCUGGAGUUGUGUCUGGGUGAGCGGGACUUUUUGUGCCGGUCUGCUAAUUAUGCAAAUGCAACAAAAGUUUGUGAACUUUCGGAUAUGGACCGUUUGACGGUAGCUGGCUCGAGUGCAUUUCAAACUUCUAAGGGUUUUGAUUACUUGGAGAAUCAUUGUGUUGACGAGCCUGUUAAGCUUUGCGAGUUCAAGAAGCUCACCGGUCGUAUCCUCAAGACAGUUGACUCAGUCCACCAAGACAUCGGCAGUUCUGAGGACUGUCGUGAACUUUGUCUUAAUUCUCCGUUCCGCUGCCACUCCUAUGAUUAUGGUGACACUGGCGACAUGGUCUGUCGAUUGAGUCAUCACUCGAGAGCUACAUUGUCUGAUAUUCAGGAGCCGUAUUUAGAUGUACCUGAGGCAUCGACCUAUGAAUUAAGCUCAUGUUACAACGUCACGAUUGAUUGUCGUGCUGGUGACAUGGUGGCUAGGAUCCAAACUAGUAAACUCUUUAAUGGCAAGGUAUACGCCAAAGGUUCACCAAAUUCAUGUGUUCAGGACAUCAAAGGUGCCUUAGAAUUUGAGCUACGCAUGGCAUACGACGAUCUCGAGUGUAAUGUAAGAUCACAAGGCCUUGGGCGUUAUCUGAACGACGUAGUAAUCCAACAUCACGACACAAUCGUGACUAGUUCAGAUCUCGGACUUGCCGUCACUUGCCAAUACGAUCUUACGAACAAGACGGUCUCCAACGAAGUCGACCUACCUGUCCAGGGAGACAUCACGCCCGCCCUGUACGAAGAGGUAAUUGUCGACUCUCCGAACGUAGCGAUGAAAAUCACAGAUCGCAAUGGUAACGAUGGAGUACCAUCAGCCGAAGUGGGUGAUCCACUGGCUCUUAAGUUCGAGAUACUCGAUCCCAAUAGCCCCUAUGAGAUAUUUGUCCGUGAACUCGUAGCAAUGGAUGGCGUUGACUCGAGUGAAAUCGUUCUUAUCGACUCAAAUGGAUGCCCUACGGACCACGUCAUCAUGGGACCACUUUAUAAAGCUGGCACCUCCGGCAAGAUCCUCCUGUCUCACUUUGAUGCGUUCAAAUUCCCAAGCUCCGAGGUUGUACAAUUCCGUGCCCUAGUAACACCUUGCAUGCCAAAUUGCGAGCCAGUCCAGUGUGACCAAGAGGAAUCUACUGGGGAAUUACGUUCAGUCGUCAGUUAUGGUCGGCGUAGACGUCGUGCAGCAUCUCCAGCGCGUGAAGAUCUAUUGCUUGAACAAUCAAUUCAAAUAACGGACAAAUUUGGCUUCGAACGAGAUGGAAAGGCCAUAAACCGUACAACAACACGAGACACUAUUUUUGUUGAAAGUGAAGAUGUAUCUGGUGUCAAUGGACUUUGCAUCAACAUGGCAGAGGCUAUAAUAGCUAGUACCGUAUUCAUCGUCGCUCAGAUAAUUGUCAUCGCCGCAUGGACAUUCACCUGGCAACGGCGUAAGCAAAUUCUCAAGCAUCAAGAGGCACUCUCGGUAUCUGUCUCAGUACCAGGAAUGCAUUCUGGCAUCCCUAGCCGUACUGACAGCCUCUGUAAAUUAUAUGACGCUGGAUACUCACGUCGAUUUUAAAUUCAUCAACAUCAAAAGCUGCUUCUAGCUAACAUUAAAAAUCAUCUGCAUCAUUAGCAGUCAUUUUGACUAAUUUCUUUCGACUACUGCUUAAGUCUCGUGACACUCAAAUUAGUGUAAUGAGCAUUAGUCGAAAUAAUAUCAAGUUAAAAUUACUAUCGAUCAUCAUCAUCAUUGUCGGUAAUAAAUUUCAUUAAAUACGUAUCAAAAGCGGACGCACGGUGGAACCCAGUAAUGAAUUAUUUACUCUUACUAUAAGUAUCUUAGCCGCUGGCCCUUUGGCUAUUAUUUUUACUCGUACAACCCUCAAGAGUCUCUUCAGGUUGAGCCGGAUCAUCCGAUGAAACAAGGACGAACCGCUUGACCUGAUCCAACUUGAGGGUUAUUUUGUUCAGGCUUUUUUUUUAGUUGCCUGCGGUUGCUACUUAAAGUACUUUAUAUAUCCUGCUCGUGCAAUCGAUAUUGUCAGAUCUCGCACGUUCAUUUCAGCUGCUGACAAUUACAAAAGAAGUCAUGAGACUCGCUAUUAUUUUUCGAAGCGCGCUAGUCUCUGAUUUCAAAUUAAAUACCAUAUUAUUAUUUUUUAUUAUUAUUAUUACUAUUAAAGCAAAAAGAUGAAAAGAAAAAAAAUCAAAUUACUUGCGAGUUAUCUACUGUUGAAGAAAAUGAUUAAAAAAAUAUGAAGAAUAGAGUGCAACUAAGCCAACUUCGAGAUCGGAUAAUUAAAAAAAAAAAUAAUUAAAAAAAGUCGUGCAUACUAGUCCUUGAAUUAUAUUAUUCACUUCUUCUCGAUGGCCGAUUUUCUUGGAAAAGAACGUCUUUGCGCGAGAGUCAUUAUAAUUUUUUUUUAUCUACAGUCUAAUUGACGUAAGGAUCUGACUGAAAUACGUGAUGAGAAGCUGCAGCAGAGAGAGAAAUAGGAAUAAUAUUAAAAAAAAAAAAAAGGAACGAAGGGAGAAAAAAUGAAAAAGAGAUGGUAGAGAAAAGACGGUAAAAUUGAAAAGAAUUUCAAGAAAAAAAAACUAUACACAACAACAACUCAUUUAUACAUACAAAAACUUCUUAUCUACGUGAAAGAAAGAAUAGUUGUUUGGUAAAGAUUCACACGCGAUAAACGUUUCUAUAGUUUCACCACUUGAAACGACCCAUUAUCUAUCUUAAAAAGUGCUUGAUGAUGCCACUGAAAGAUCAAUUGUCUUGGUAACUUAUUGAGCAAAAAAUUGUUGAUGCAUUUUUUGUCGUCAUAUACACGGGAUAUAAUACUACUCUAACAUCUUGUAAUUGUUUAUUUUUUCCAAAAUUAUUUUUAACAAUAUUUUAAUAUAAAAUCUUAAUAAGCAAUAUUGAUCAUUUUCAAUAGUUUAUUUUUAAAGAUUUUAUCAAACAACAAUUAUAUUUAAUCAUUAUUUAAUCUUUUGUUUAAUUUAAAAAUUUAAUAGAAAAUAUUUCAAUCAUAAAAUCAGCUUUACAAAAUCAAUUUAUACAAAAAAAAAAAAAGCUUCAAUCUGAACUUUUCAAUGCAUAAAUAAACGAGUAUCUAUUGAUAAUCAAAAAAAAAGUUCAACCAUUAAUCAAUCGAAGAAACUAAAUUAAAAAUAGCAAUUGAUAGGUCUUAUUCAAUCUCCUUUAGCAUAAAACUCCGAUUAAAAAGAAAAUGGAACUGUAAUAUUUAUCACGUUGGCACAAUAAUAACGAUUGAAGUGGAAUAAAUAGAUUAUACAGAUAAUGUAGUGUCUUGGUAACAAUGACGAUAGUAUUGGGUGGUGUUCACUGGAGAAAUGAACGAGGGAAAUUGGUGAGCGGUUUACUGCUGGGAUAUGGAUAGGUAGGAAGCAUAAGGGCGGGUGUAAAGGGGUUGGUGGAAGGUUAAUUGCCUCUCGUGGCAUCUCGCGGGUUCUAAGCUCAUUGGGAGCACCGUCUCUCUAGGGUCGCUCACUCGGAUUACGACAGGGGGCAUAGGACAACGCCUUACUCCCCCUCAUGAGAAGGCUUCUACCACCUCUCGACGUUCUGUGGUUAUGUAACCCCAGAUCUACGGGCGACUUAAGCCUGCUUGCUAAUUCCCAUUUGAAUUGAGAGUCGAGUUUAUUUGUUUGUUUACCAGCUUAUUUCCUUAAUUACAUGCCUAACUAUUAAUCCGCAAUCUGCAUUGAUAUGAAACGUAUAUUCAGUGACUAAUCAGCAAAUUGAAAUAAUAUACCAUUUGAUAUCUCUCCAUUUUCACUAUUUCCAUCUUCACUACCAUACUCUAUCGUGUCAAUUUAAUUGAGAAAGUUUAAAAUUCAAAUACUUUCGUCAAGACAAACAACUAGAGAUAAGAUUAUACCGCUUACUGGCACAAGGAUUAUCGUUCGUUGAGAAUACUAUCCUUGCGGUUAUUUGCAUUACUCGUGUGUUUAAUUAUUACUUUCUCUUUUACUCUUACUAUCUUACUCUCUCGCUCUCUAUGCUGCUGCAGCAGACUGUAAAGAUCCAAGAGGUAAUAAAAAGAUAAAUUUUUUAAUUUAAAGACAAAAAAUCAAAGAUGUACUCUAUUCUUGUAAGUUUGCCAGUCAAGCGGCUCAAUGCAUUAUUUUUAUAAUCAACAUUUUUAGAUUAAGAUUCAUAAGCAUUAUCAUUAAAAGCUGAAGUGUAUAAGCUGCUUGUGGUGCGUGGGUAAAAUGCCAAUUAUGUGAAUUUGACAAUUUAUAUUUUUGUUGUUUUUAUUCUUAAAAGAAAGAAGGGUUAAAAAUAAUAAAAUAAAAUAAAAUGACGGAAAUUGAAAAAAUUCUAUUAGAAAGAGAGAAAAAUAAGAAAACUGUUUUCCAGUCGAAUUGGAAAAGACGGCGAAAAAAAUAAAAAAAAAAAAAAACAACAAAAGGAAGAAAGAAAGACAAAGAAAAAUCCUGUCUAUUCUCUCGCACCAUCUUGGCUGAGAGCAUUUCAGUAGUGAAACACUUUCCAUCGAGUUAAUUGAAUCGCCGUCUUAACCUGCUACCAUCAGGCUACGACAACCAUCUUCUAAUGAUUCUUUAUAACUCAAUGGAAACUGUAAUAAAAAAUACCUUACAUUUAAUUAGCUAAUUUUUUUAUAAUGCGUAUACAAAUAUGUAACAAGAUUAUUCAUUAAUAUCUAACAUAAGUCUUUUUUUUUUUUAAUUAAACAAAAAAAAAAAAAUAAUAAAAAUUGAAAAUCAAUACAAUAUUGGGCUCAAGGACGAUCCGAUAUUAAAACCUAGGACGACUUUUCUUGACUCUAAGUCGUUGUAGAUUAGACAUAUGAGCUUGUCCUUAAGCCUGAGGUGCAAAUAAUCGUUGUUCAAGACUUAAUUAAAAUCGAGAUUGCUCUGUACUUUAGUAAAUAAGUCAAAUGGAUAUUUUUUAACAUCGCAAAUAUUUUUUUAUUGCAGGAAAAAAAGCUCAGUCGUAAACAAAUAUAAGCAUUUAAUCAAAUUUUCACAAUAGAUUUUACGUACAGAGCAUACUUGACACUUGGUCUUUUGAUAACAUUGCACCAAAAUUGCUUAUUUAUUUUGCAUUUAUGCAUAGAGCCACAUUCGCAAAUGCUCUCUCUUUCUCCACCGUAGCCCGUCCGCUUAUGGCUCCACUAAUCUUUAUUUCAUUAGACGAAUGGAAGAUGUGAAAAGUAAGAAAAUGUAAAAAAAAAAAAAAAUAUAAAAAUAAAUGAAAGAAACAUCUUUAUGAUCUAUUGAUUUAUACUCGUGGCUGAAUAUGCAACUGCCGAAUUUUUUUCUACACAUGCUCUCAUUUUUUUUUUACUCCUGAGUUUUGUCUCUACGCUAAACAUUAUCGGUACCAUUAUGUUGUACAUAGAUUGUGUGGUAAAGAGAAAUAAACUCAUUUUCUAACUAAAA